UGUCACGUUAUUUCUUCACACCUACGUUUCUUUGAAUGCAGCAUAUGUGUUUCAAACUCCACUGAUAACUCAAAUUUCCGAGCUUUACUAAAUACAGCAGAAAUCCUCCCAACUCCACUUGCCACACCUGAACAUUAAUGUGUUCAGGCAUUUGUCGGACUUCUGCACUGUUCCCAAAAAGCCAGACGACCACAGGCCUAAAGCCAACCCAGCUGAUGUGCGUAUGUAGACCUUUGAAAGACUAGUGUGGGAAGGACAUCACAGCCCCCCUGCUGGACCACCUGCUGUUUGUCUACAUGUCUAACAGGUAAGGUGCAUGGGGAGCAUGUUGAUACUGGAGCUCCCACCUGGGAGACAGGAGGGCGUGGCCAGAGAGAAGAGGCAAGUGAGGUGGUGGAAAACACCAGGAUCCAGGUGUUAUGCAGUGUUGAAGGAAACUGCUGGCAGUCACCACAGGGAAAUAGUUCAUUUAUUCAGCGUAUCCAUUGCCAAGGUUGACGAGCUUGAUGCCUUCCCAGGUUUAUCCGGUUUCUAAGUUUGCUGACAGCAUAAUCUGAGUCUUUGAGUCUCUCAUCAGCACCAUGGCCAAGGAAAGUGUUGAAUCUGGCCUAACAUGGGAAGUGAGAGCAAACAGCCGCCACUACCACAAACACAAACAGAAGAAAUCCUUUCUGUGUUUCUGCUGGGGACGGUAUGCGGACAAUAUGGUGCGCAGUUAUAAGUACUCCCCCCUGACUUUCCUGCCUCUGACGCUGUUUGAACAGUUCCAGCGUGCGGCCAACUUUUACUUCCUCCUCAUGGUGGUGAUGCAGUGUGUCCCUGUCAUCUCAUCUAUACCCUGGUACAUCACCAUCAUCCCCCUGCUCAUUGUAUUGUCUGUGAGAGGGUUCAAAGACCUGGCCAAUGACCUGGCGAGGAGACGCAGUGAUUCUCAGAUUAACUCCCGACCCUGUGACGUACUCAUCUCCCAAAGUUUCAGCACAGCGCAGUGGAAGGAUUUGUGUGUGGGAGAUGUGCUGCGGAUCCAUAAAGACCAAAUCAUCCCCGCGGACCUUCUUCUUCUAUGCAGCUCAGAGCCUCACAGCCUUUGUUAUGUGGAGACAGCGGACAUUGACGGAGAAACCAACCUCAAGUAUCGGCAGGCCCUCGCUGCUACACACAAUGAACUGACCUCUGAACCCUCAGAGGAGACCCUCGCUGCCUUCAAUGGUGUUGUGCUCUGUGAGGAGCCCAGUAAUCGCCUGUACACCUUCAUAGGCCAGCUGAACUGGCGAGGAGAGUCUCAUCCGCUGGACAAUGAGCACAUCCUGCUGAGGGGAACAGUCCUACGCAACACAAAGAUCGCCUACGGCAUGGUGAUAUACACUGGCGCGGACUGUAAGAUCCUGAGGAACUGUGGCAAACUGAGAGUGAAGACAACCCAAAUGGAGAAGAUUCUCAACAGAGUUGUGAUUGGGAUCGUGCUGUCCCUGCUGCUGGCAGCCCUGCUCCUGGCCAUCGGCUGUGGUGUUUUUUCGAGUCGCACCUCGACCCAGACUGAGGUCAUGUCUGCUCUGUUGGUUUACGGCAAUCCCAUCUACACAGCGUUUCUCACCUACUGGAGCUACAUCAUCCUGCUCAGCCCUGUCAUGCCCAUGGCUCUUUACAUCUCUUUUGAGGUGGUCCAUGUGGUCCACAGCCUGUUCAUUGGCUGGGAUAUUGAGAUGCAUUGGGAGCAGACAGACGUACCCGCACAGGCCAGGAAUACCUCCCUGAACGAAGAGCUAGGCCAAGUAGGGUACCUGCUGAGUGACAAAACUGGGACACUAACCGAGAACCGGCUGCUCUUUAGACAGUGCUGCAUUGAUGGGAAGAUCUAUGGUGAUGCAUCAAUCAGUGCUGAGGAAACAGAGCCAAUGGACCUAAGCUGGAAUCCGUUCUCCUGUGGUGGUUUGUACAUGUCGGCUCCCAGGCUGGUGGAAAAGCUGAGGGGACAGCAGUGUCCAGUUAGCAGGCAGUUCUUCACAGCGCUGGCUUUAUGUCACACUGUCAUGGCAGAGUGGAGGCAAGGGGCUCCAGUGUACCAAGCUGCAUCCCCAGAUGAGGAGGCUCUUGUUGGUGCAGCCAGGGAGCUUGGCUGGGUCUUCCUCUCCAGGACAAGAAACUCUCUGACAGUCUCUGAGCUGGGAGUCAUCAGGGACUACCAGUUACUGGCACUGCUAGACUUCACGAGCCAGAGAAGACGCAUGUCUGUACUGGUGCGGGAGCCGGAGGGCGGGUUAAAGCUCUACUGUAAGGGGGCUGACAUUGUGAUCCUGGAGAGGCUGCAGAAGAACUGCCCAUGUCUGGAGAGCACUGAAACAGCCCUGGAGUUGUUUGCCCAUGCCUGUCUGAGGACACUGUGUGUAGCAGUUCGAUCUGUUCCCGAGGCAUCAUGGGAGCAGUGGAGUGAAACUCUGGACCAGUAUGCUACCAUGACGACCUGUGACCGUGACAACAUGCUGGAAGCGCUGUAUGAUGACAUGGAAAGAGAGCUGCAGCUGCUGGGAGUGACAGCAAUAGAGGACCGUCUCCAGGAGGGCGUUCCUGAGACCAUUGCUAUGCUCCGAGACGCUGGCCUUAAAGUAUGGGUGCUAACUGGGGACAAAAAAGAGACAGCAGUGAAUAUUGGAUACUCUUGCAAACUACUGGAUCCUGAUACCAGAUUACUGGAAUGGCAGGAGCUGAGACAGAUACUUCAGUCCCCAGACCCAGAGGUCAGUUUCUUCAAGGCCAGGCAGACAGAGCUGUGGGCUGUAGACAGGGAGACGGCUGGAGAAAAGACCGCUGUGGUCCUCACUGGACCUGAACUGGCUGAGUUUGACUCGAGGCCAGAAUGGGGCGCUGCGUUCAUGAGCCUGGCAGGACACUGUCAGUCGGUGCUGUGCUGUCGUGUAACCCCUGGACAGAAGGCCGACAUUGUCACAUUGGUCAGGAAACACACCAGCUCGAUUACUAUGACUAUAGGGGAUGGUGCCAAUGAUGUGAACAUGAUUAAGACGGCUCAUAUAGGUGUGGCACUUGUGGGAGUGGAGGGCAGUCAGGCAGUGCAGAAUGCUGACUUCUCAUUGGCCCAGUUUAGAUUUUUACAGAGGCUUCUGUUGGUUCAUGGGCGCUGGUCAUACCGUCGCAUCUCCCUCUUCGUGCGCUACUUCCUGUAUAAAACCUGUAGUUUCGCUCUUGUUCACAUAUGGUUUGGUUUCUUCAAUGGGUUCAGUGCUCAGUCUCUGUAUGAAAGCUGGUUCAUCGCUCUCUACACUGCUUUCUACACAUCCAUCCCAGUUCAGUGCAUGGUCUUCUUUGAACAGGACGUGAGCGCAGAGGGCAGCCUGAAAUGGCCUGAACUGUACAAGGUCGGCCAAAGACAUGGGCUCUUCAAUCCCCUGGUAUUGUCAGCAACGCUGAUAUAUGCCGUCUACUCAUCCAUCGUUCUUUUCUUCAUCCCAUUUGGAGUUUUUUACAACUCAGCUCUUGACUACCAGACCAUGGCUGUCACUGUCGCCAUGGCGGCCAUGUUCACUGCCACGAUUGAGGUUAUGCUGCUGACCAGAUACUGGACUAAGUUCAAUAUCGCAACUGUGUGUGUGUCUCUGGUGUUAUUCUUCAUCUGCACCAGGAUAACCCACAGUCCCCGUCUGUUUCAGAAGUCACCUGUCGACUAUUACUUCAUUGGUGCGUCUGAUAAGGCUUUCAUCGAUCCAGUUGUGUGGCUUACGGCUCUGCUCACCGCCUGGACGGCUGUGCUGCCCUCAGUGACUGUCUGUGCCCUCAGCGUCAUUCUUACCAAGCAGCACAAACACAAGAUCCACACCACCAGGUUGCAGCCAGUGGAGCUGAAGUCAAAGUUGAGAAGAGGAAACUCUGUCCGACGCUCCUCCUACGCCCUCUCUCAGGGUCGAGGGCCGAGACACCUCACCUCUGGGACGUCCGCCCACAGCAGAGUGCCAUCAGUGAAAGACAGGGUGAUUGCAAGUAAUGACCCCACUGACUCACAAGGCCCAAAUCACAUAAAGGAGAAAAGUGAUACACUAAGCUAUGAGAGACAAAACAUCUCAUCAAAACAGAUGAAUCAUGACGGAUGAUCUCAUAUUUUGAUACAGGAUAUUCGUGUGUGUGUGUGUGUGUGUGUGUAUAAAACAAUGGGACAGAUUGCUCAAAUGUGUUUCUGUGGCCACUUCUCACUCUGUACCUUAACUUUUAUAUGAUGAAUUUUUUCCAAUGAGAUGAAUU